AAAACGUCCCUAAAAAGCGCUAGUGUCGUCAUAUUCUUGCACCUCUCAUUCUUAUUUACAGCCAUGACUGUUUCAGAUGCUUCACCUCUCUGCAACCUCUCCGAUUCAGGUCCAGUUAAACCCACUGUCCCAUUGAUAUCCUUCCUUGAACGUUUACAAUCAGCCGCUCUUGUUUCAUUCGGUGAUUCGAACUUCGAUCCUAAGCUUUACGUUGAUAUGCCCCUGAAAUUCGAUCUUUCAACUACAGAGGAUGCUUUUGAUAAGCUCCCGAGGGCGAAGAACGGAACGGUUCCUGUUCAGGAUCUCCAAAGGUUUAUCGAGACGUACAUGUACAGUGCCGGAAGCGACAUGUUGUACGUCGAGCCUGUGGAUUUCGUGGCGGAGCCCGUUGGAUUUUUGCCCAAGGUGGAGAAUCCAGAGGUGAGGAAGUGGGCGCUGGAAGUGCAUUCCCUGUGGAAGAAUUUGAGCCGAAAGGUUGCUGAUGGGGUCAAAGAACACCCCGAAUUGCAUACGCUUCUGCCUUUGCCUGGACCAUUCAUCAUUCCCGGAUCGCGAUUCAGAGAGGUUUACUACUGGGAUUCUUACUGGGUUAUUAGGGGUUUGUUGGCCAGCAAAAUGUAUACCACCGCUAAGUCCAUUGUGUUGAAUCUUCUUUACCUCCUAGAUGAAUAUGGUUAUGUCCUGAAUGGUGCAAGGGUUUAUUAUACUAAUAGAAGCCAGCCACCACUCCUGAGUUCUAUGAUAUUGGAGAUAUACAUGAGAACUAAUGAUUUGGACCUUGUGAGAAGAGCACUUCCCUCACUGCUCAAAGAACAUCGCUUCUGGAAUACUGGCAUCCAUAAGGUGACCAUUCAAGAUGCUCAAGCAUGCAAUCACACUCUAAGUCGAUAUUAUGCAAUGUGGAACAAAACCAGACCAGAAUCUUCAACUAGUGACAAAGAAUCUGCCUCGAAGUUCUUGCAUGAUUCUGAGAAACAGCAACUUUACCGCCAACUAGCAACUGCAGCUGAAUCUGGAUGGGAUUUCAGUACAAGAUGGAUGAGGAACACAUCGGAUCUCACAACAUUGGUCACAACAUCAAUCAUACCUGUGGAUUUGAAUGCAUACAUACUCAAGAUGGAGCUAGACAUAGUUUUUAUGGCACGAACUAUAGGGGAAAAUCAAACUGCAGAACACUUCUUGGAAGCUUCUCGAGCAAGAAAGAAGGCCAUGGAGUCUAUCUUUUGGAAUGACGAGAUGGGCCAGUGGCUUGAUUACUGGCUCAUAGACAACCAUACUUGUGAGGAAGUUUCAGGAUGGGAGGUUCAAAACCAGAAUCAGAAUAACUUUGCCUCGAACUUCAUUCCCAUAUGGAUUGAAUCAUUUAACUCAGAUGGUGCAACGGUGGAAAGUGUUAUGAAAAGUCUCCAGAGUUCAGGUUUGCUUUGUGCAGCUGGGAUUGCAACUUCCUUGACAAAUUCAGGACAACAAUGGGAUUUUCCGAAUGGGUGGGCCCCAGUUCAACACAUGAUUGUAGAAGGUCUAGCAAGGUCUGGCUCAAAGGAAGCAUGGUCCAUGGCGGAAGACAUUGCUGUUAGGUGGAUCAGAACAAACUAUGCCGCUUACAGGAAAACAGGCACGAUGAUUGAAAAAUACGAUGUGGAAGCCUGUGGUGAGAGUGGAGGGGGUGGUGAAUACAUACCUCAGACGGGCUUUGGCUGGACGAAUGGAGUGCUAUUAGCAUUUUUAGAGCAGUUUGGAUGGCCUCAAGAACAAAAAAUAGAUUGCAAGUGAGCU